AAUCUGACAUCCAAGCGGGUUUUUUUCUUUCAAAUCGGAGGUAGUUUCAAGAUAUAUAAGCAAGAGGAGCAUCGCAGAUCUGCCACAAAGACACUCCUGCAACCCAAAGCAAGACUGUGAAAAAGGGGAAAAGUGCUGCUGGAAUGAUGGGAAACUGCUCUCGACUGCUGCUUCUGCUGGGGAUGCUGUCAAUCAUCUCCCCAGCCACCAGUGCCAUGUGCUGGGCACGGCUGGACCAGGGGUGCUUCACCGACUGCAAGAAAUACUGCAGCAAUGGGACACGGGCAGGCACGCCGGCGGCGGUGCUGGAGAAUCUGCUGGCAUGCGUGCAGGUCAAAUGCAACGACGGCGGUGAUGACAACGACGACGGUGACGACGCUCCCCUGCUGCAGUGGAUCGCCAGCAGAGCCGAAUCCCACAGCGAUUUCGACAUCGCCAACAACAAGUGGUGGCUCAUCCGCUGGGGUGGACAGAGUGGCCUGAGUGGCGAGGGUGGCCAGAGUGGUGGAAGUCCGAGGGUGGAGCAGGUGGAUUUGGCGGGGCAGGUGGAGUCCUCCCCGGCCAGUAGUUCCAGCCAGGCCAAGCGUUCCGUGUCCUCCCCCAAGUACGCCAUGGGGCAUUUCCGCUGGGGCAGCCCCGAUAAGGCCACCAUCCGCAAGCGCAGACCGGUGCGACCCAACAUGUCCGACAGCCCCGAGAUCCCAGACUACGCCUUCAAUGGGGUGGACGGCCCGGCAGACGACGCGGGCGACUCCGUGUUCAUGAGCCGCAGGGAGACGCCGGCCUCGGCCGGGCACCGUGGAGUGGACGCGGCGGCGACGGUGACGGGGGAGGAUGCCGAGGUUGGAAAUAAAGACGGGGUCUUCCACGUGCCUCCGCCAUUCAAACGCUACGGUGGCUUCAUGAAAGUGAUGCAAGAGAUUGACCAUUGGCCACUGGUGCCAGUAAUCCGCAAGGUCAUGCACAAGGAGAACACAAAGUCGCUUUGAGUGCCUCCCGUGUUGAGGCUACGCAGUGGUUUGUUUAGGUCGGUUCAUGAAACGUCGAUUUGAUUUGCAUGCAUUGACGUCAGGAUGCAUUUGUUGGUGUCGUUUACUUAA